UCAGCAUUACGACAAUGGCUGAAAAAGAAUCUGAGUACGACAGUACUUCGGACUCGAACCUAGUCUCCGAUCAGUCGACGCACCCUAGCACCGCCGCCGCCGCCGCCGCCGCUGCCGCCGCUGGUGGUUUUGAAAUCACCUGCUUUAGCGAGCUCUUCGAUGACGUUACCUUCUACUUCCAAAUUAUUCGUUUCCCUAAACAGAUAUAUGCAUGGAUCGGUUGCAACUCUACGAAAUUCGGUGACUUGUACGCAGCUGCAUCGACACGACCUAUAAGAUUAUAACCUUCAAAUUUGGGGAUUAAUAAUUGAUAAUGAAUAGUGGUUAAGCAGUCAAUGUUUUGAUGGAGGAAACAGAACAAUAUGGUCGGUGUGACUUCCAUUCUUGGAGGUUCUUCAGAUAACACUGGGUCUGGAAUCGCUAGGCGAUUAGUGUUAAAAACUGGUCUUAACAUAAUUAUUGCUUGCAAUAUCCCAAAGAAUAGCCCCAUGCUUGAGGUUUGAUAUGUUCCUCUACCAUUCUUUCUGUGUCUCUAUCAUAUGUCAUAAUAUUGCAUUGAAGUUUCUUGUUGGUAGAAUCUUGUCAGUUGUUUAUUUUUUCUUGGUUUUGUUUACACCCAAGGACGGAGCUUGAGCAAAAUGUUUGGAGGGCCAAAAAAUUUUUUUAUAUAACCUGCAAAUAUAAUAUACCUAACAUAACUUCACUAAGUAAUCAUUAUCUACCAAAAUUUAUUAUAAGUUACCAUACAUAUACAUUCUAUGUAAUGGAAUCUCUAACUACUCUAAUUAAUAAGAAACUCUAAAUUUACCC